AUGGCAUCGCCAAAAAGACAUUCAACAGACGUAAUGAAGAGGGUGAGAACCGGCGCUGGUGACAUGAACUGCGUCCGGGGGUCACUGGAGGACCUGAGAUGUCUCACUCAGGAGGAGAACGCAGAGACUGGCACGCUGCAGUCGAGGAUAGAGGAGCAGUCCAGUUUAAUCUGUUUACUGAAGCAAAGGGCGGACGAGAGGCUUCUGCGUUGUCAAGCACUGCAGAAAACGAAGACAGAGUUGGAAGGCCUGGCAGCAGAGAGACAAAGAGAUCUGGACCUCGAAAGAAAGAAGUCGAAGAUGUUCGAGCAGAGGUUUAACGAGCUGGCAACGAACCAUCAAGAUAUGAUUGCUUUCAAGGACGAUUACAAAAGACAGAACGUGCAGCUCAGGCAGCAAAAUCAACAGUUGCAGUCAGAAAACGAGUCCCUCUGUUCUCAGAAAUUACAAGAGAAAGAGGCGCUGGUACAUCGACUUACAGAAGAAGUCAAGCUUCUCAAAGAAAAACUGAAAAAUACAGAAAAUGAACAUCAGGAGAGAAUCGCUGUGCUGAGGUCAAAGGUCAAAGAGCAAACAACCCAGCGUGAGGUCAAGGAGGCAUCCCUACUCGGGGAGUUGCAUGACACUCAGCGACUGUUAAAGGAUGCUGCAGGAAGGUGUAAAGGUCUGAAGCUCCAGCUACAGAAAGCAGGAGAGGAUCGAGAUUUGAAGGAGCUCAAGGUGAAGGAAGACGCCACAAAUCUGACAAAAGACAGGGACAAAUUCCUGAAUCUAUCAAUAGAGAGAGGGAAAAUAAUACAGGAGAAACAGGAGGAGAUGGAACGGUUGGAGACCAAGUGGAAAGCGGAGAGGAAAGCCAGGACCAGAGCAGAAGACAGGUUUGAGGAGGAGGCAGCAGCUGUGAAGGUAAACCUGAAAGUGGGAGAUCUGCAGCGUGCUCUUGCUGAAUCCAUUGCGAAAUACAAGAAGCUGGAAAAGGAUUUCGAGGCCUAUAAAGAGCACAGCACCAACCUCCUUACACAAGAAAAGGAGUUAAACGCCCGGCUUCGUCACAUGACCGGCUGA